AUGGUUAUGAGUGAACAUGGAGAUCAUGAUCAUCACGACCAUGAUCAUCACGACCAUGAUCAUCAUGGCUGGGGACGGAAUUACCAUGAUCAUGGAGACGGGGGCAGUGGAAGAGAUAUGUCCCAUAUUCGUCCAUUAUUCGGGAGAGGAGGAUAUUUUGGUGGUGGAGGUGGCGGAGGACUUUUUGGGCGACUUUUUGGCUGGAGAAGGCGUGGAUAUUAUAAUCAGGGAUACUAUCAAGGAUACCCGAAUUAUGGAUUCUGUAGAUUAUCCCAAUUUGUGGAUUAUGUCGGCAGAGUGCCAAGAUUCUACUGUGACUGUCCACCGUAUCCGCCAAAUUAUCAAUGGAAUCAGUGUAGUCCAAUGUAUGGAUAA